CCACCCUUCCCCUCUCCCUCGCUCGCAUCCCGCAGUCUAGCUAUCGCGCGCGACGCGCAAUAACUACCCCCGCGUGACUCUCGAAGCGUGACUUCGAAGCGUUCUUUCUCUCUAUCUUACUCCCCGUCGCGCCGCCGCUCCGCCGCGCCGCCGUCGCUCUCUCCCUCUUUCUCACUGUUGUCGCGCCCCUCGCGCCUCUAUCCUCGCGCUCCUACCCUCUCGUCCCAAGUGUGUAUGUGUGUGUCUGUGUGUGUGUGUGUGUAUGCGCGCGCGCGCGUGUGUUACGCGUGUGCGAACGAGCCUCUCUCCUCAUCCGUGUGACCUGCGGUUUCUCCGGCGUUUUCCUACCCUUAGUAGCGCGAGCACAGUGCAUCCAUCCGCCGUAGCCCGUCACUCGCCGCGAAGCGUACCGCGGGACACGAGGGUGCUGCUUGCGCGCCGCUCUCUUUCUAACGCGAGCGCGCGCGACCGAACGCAUUGUCAGCGCGCGCCGACGCUCUGACGACACGCGCGCGAGUCGAAAUUCCGACGCGAGGCGACGCGACGCGACGCGACGCGACGCAACGCUACGCUACGCUACGCGACGCGACGCAACGCGACGCGAACACAUCAGCCUCGUCUGCACGAACCGAAUCUGUGACUUUCUUAUCAACUACGAACUCUUCUCCGUCCGAACGACCGGGCUGAUACACGUCUGAGCUCCUUCCGUUUUCUUUAUAUCGUUUCGUCCUCAUCCGACGCCGCGGGUGAUUUCGCGAUACGACGUCGUCGUCGUCGUCGUCGUCGUCGGUUUGUGACGAGUGCGUCGGCGAUCAGUGCAAGUGACUUGGAGAGAUAAGUGAUGGCACGAUAGAACAUCUCGCCUCACGCGGGAACGCUUACACGACACGGUAAAGGACGGUGAAAGAGCGGAAAGCGGAAAGCGAAAAGGAGAGGACCAGUUUGCGACGUGUCAGGCUGGAGCGGACAUGUACUGGUGAAAAAGCAGAGAGAGAGAGAGAGAGAGAGAGAGUAAAAGAGCAAGGGGGUGAGAGAAAGAGAGGGGGUGUAGCGGUAUAGGUGGCGGAAGGACGAGAUAGGGGGAGAGGGCGACUCCGCGAAGGGUGGGCCAUCCAAGUGUCUUGUCUCCUAUCAUCCUGUCGUCCAGGGUAUCGCUUACGAAUGUCGCGCGAUCGAGCGAUCCGCCUGCGAUCCACGACGACGCGCGAGGACGUCCUGGCGACGGCCGCGCAUCGACUAUCGACGAGCCGACGAGCCGCGAUCAACCUCGUCGUCUGAGUCAACGACAGCUCUACCGCGCUACACCUGCGUGUCCUUCUCGUCUUCGUCGUGGAUAUGCGAUCGUCCGAGGUGGAGAGUCGACGCCGGGUCGCGUCGCGCGAGGCGACGACGGCGGGCGCCGCUUAACCAUCGGCCGCUCGACGUCGGGUAUCUCUUCGAAUAUAAACGAGGAUCGAAGUGUCGACAACGCGCCGCGGCUACGCAUCCUCGCAAACGAAAGCUCCCCUGUCUCCCCCUUUCAAGAUUCGUAUCGGGCUAGCUGGGCUAGCCGCGGAACAAGUGCCGCAGCGAGAGAUCUCCCCGACGGCCGACCGGCCGGCUCGAAGAAUGUCCGGCGAGACGGAGAUCGAGGUGUCGGUUGUGUCGGAGGAGGAUCUCGAAUUGGAGGGAUCCAGGAGCAGCUCCACGCCGGCGGAACUGCUGCUGCAGGAGAAGAACGGCAAAUCCGGCUGCGGCCUGAGCAAUCAUCACCAUUCGUUCAGCUUCGACACGGUGAGCAAGCCGGCGCUCAGGCCUGCCUGCAAUCCCCAGUACACGUCCUUCAGUAUCUCCAGCAUCCUCGGCAGACCGGAAUCGCCGCCCGUCGACUCGACCACUUCCACGGGCUCCGGCGAGAGGCAGUCGUCGGACGUCGACAGGACGUCGCCGCUACCGUCAGCAAACUCGCAGAACUCGCAGAGGAUUCCACCGUCGUGCGGCAGCCCCGGCAGAAUCACGUCCUCGCCCACGUCUCUGAGACUGUCGGGCGGUCAACGCGGUGGACUGUCCACUACCGGUCACCCCCCCGGGCUGGAACCCAGAGCCAAUUCCGCGAGUAUCGGUAUCGGAUGUGCCACCAGUGCUACCAGUCCAGCCGCGACCUUUUCGCCACCCGGCGAUGCCUCUGCCAAUCCCCUACUAGGACAUCAGGCGUCGGCGGACCUCGCGAUGCUAUCGAGAUUGAUAGCGAGUCGAUAUCCAGUCGGCAUCGGCGGGCUGUUCUACCCGUCGACGCUGCAGCAUCUCCAUCAGCAGCAACAGCAGCAGCAUCAGCAUCAUUCGCGGCUGGCCGCCGCAGCCUCGUCCGCCCUCAGCAACGCCGUGCAGGUCGCUGGCCAAUCGCCGGACAUCGUCGACGCCGAUGGCAUCCGCGGCGUUCUACUCGGCGGCGCCGGCUGGCCGUUUCCAUGGAGGCCGGCGCACGGCCUGCAGACGCUCGAGCAUCCCUCACCGAGCGAUGUGGUCGGCACCCUCAGUCGCGUCAGUCCUGCGUCCGCUUCUUUCCCGCAGCGAGACGAGCUAGACGACGACAACGGCGAUGACCGUCUGCACCGCGCGAGGAGUCCGUCAAGCGGCGACGAGGCGCACGACGACCUCGAGGCUGACGACUGUGCGGAUGCCGAUGGAGAAGGCGAGUCUACGUCGACGAGUCUUCACGGUACUUCGGUAGGCGGUGGGGGUGGUGGCGGUGGUGGUGGCGGUGGCGGCGGCGGCAAUGGUGGUGGCGGUGGUGGCAACGGCAACAGCAACGGUGGCCAAAACAACGUGCAGGUCGGCGUGGACGGUCGCGAGUCGAACAGCAUAAAGCGCAAGAAAAAGACUAGAACGGUGUUCUCCAGGUCGCAAGUGUUCCAGCUGGAGAGCACGUUCGACAUGAAGCGGUACCUCUCGUCGUCGGAACGCGCCGGCCUUGCCGCUUCGCUCAGGCUCACGGAGACUCAGGUGAAGAUCUGGUUCCAGAACCGGCGGAACAAGUGGAAACGGCAAUUGGCCGCCGAGCUGGAGGCGGCGAACAUGGCGCACGCUACUCAAAGGCUAGUCAGGGUGCCGAUCCUGUAUCACGAGGCAUCGGCGGGUAGCGGCACUUCCGGCGUGCCGGUAUCGGUGACGGCGCCAGGACCGCCGGGACCGCCGGUGCCGUCGUCGGUAGGCGCCACAACCUCCGCCUCGCACUCGGUCGGCGUCGGCGUCGGCGUGGGCGUCGGCGUCGGCGUCGGUAUCGGCACCUCGUGCGCGCCUACCACGGCGCAGCCCAUCUUUUACUCCCAUCACCAUCAACAUCACCAUCACCACCCGGCGGCGGCUCACGUGCAGGCGCAUAGUCUCCUAUCCCACCAGGUGCACCCGCAACCGCCACCUCCACCUCCGCCGCCGCCCAACGGCCAACCACCGCGGACGUCCUCGCAAUAACACCGUCCGACGACUUACGAGGGUAGCGUGCGGUUGCUGCGGGAGACGACGACGACGACGACGUCGACGACGACGACGACGACGACGACGACGACGACGACGUCGACGUCGACGAAUAAGAUGAUCUCCGUAAACUACGCGACGGUCGCGAUGCCUUCUCCGCGCCUCUUGGCUGACCGCGCUGUCUGGCUGAUCGACGUCGAUGAGUGAACGCACGCACGAUAAUUAAUCGGCAGUCGUGGACCUCCGAUCGAUCCCACGUCGUAAUAUCACGGACACGGCACGGCUGUCCCCUCGGCGGUAAUUCGAGAGUCGAGAGCGUUGGAAUUCGAAAAUGCUUUUCUCUAAUACGCAUCUCCUCGCGAUCGCAUUAGACGAUAUGGAUAAAUGUGAGUAUACGCGAGAAAAGUAGAGUUUUGAUUCGCUUUUAUAUCUCAACUAUGUAAGAAAAAUUGUUUUAUACAAUUUCAAUUGUACUUUAUUGUGAAAUAGGUGACACGUCCUAGUGAUAAUCUGAUAAUCAUUUCAUUAAAAAGAUAAACGUGAUUAUAUUUAUAAUUACUGGAGAAACUGAUAUAUAAAAUACAUUUUUUAGUGUGUACAUAUUCAUGUGAAUAAAAGAAUACGUAAAAAUAUUUUAUUUAUAUAAAUUUUAGUAGUACAACGUGACAGCAAUAAAUAAAAUUACGUGCUCUUGUAAACUAAAUGACUUAAAACUCUACGUUUUCUAGCCAUCAGCUUAUACUCAUGUCUAUUCACACACACACAUACACACACACACACACACACACACACACACACACACAUCUUCUGUUAUUAUCUAAGAAAAUAUGAUCUCUUGCAAAUCUAAUUUGAUAAAAUUAUUUUUGACGCUUGAUAAAAAGGCUUUAAGUCAAUUUGUUUACCUCAAAUUAAAUUAUUUAAAAAAAUAUGCCGAAUUGAUACAAUAUAUUAUUGUUCCAGUAAAUUGCCAUAAUAAUAAUAUUAUUGUUGAUUAUUAUGUUUAGCUCCUGGAAAAGCAAGACAUUUUGACUUAUAUCUUUUUCUACCGAGCCUUUUUCUAGAAAUAUUUGUGUUAGUUCGCGCAAUUAUGCAGAAAAUUAAACUGUGAUUAUAAUGAUUUUGUGUUGCUUCCACGGGUGACGAAAGCUGAUCACGAAGUCAUAUGGUUUCCCUUCCGGUUUGUCGCCGAUAAUAACAGUAACAUCGCUCCUUGCUUCUGUUGGUUUGUCAGCGUAUAAAGGGAUGCAAAAUUUCACGAUACCGCAAUCGACGGACGGAAAUUGGACUUGAGUCUGCGAUUAUUCGACACAUACUUGGGAUCUUUGUAGAUAGCAUUAUACAUACAUAUACAUAUAUAUAUUAAUAGCGAUUUUCUCUUAAGAAAGACGAAUCGCUCGCGAGAGAAUGAGAGAAUAAAAAUUUUCAAACCGUCCCUGAUUGUGCGAAACCCGAUAUUUUAAUUGUGAUCGAACCGUUAUCCGUUUCUCUGGUCGUUUCCCCUGUAAAUAGUCUUUUUGCGCGAAGUGUAAAUUCGUGUUUGGAAUUCCGUGCGUCGAGGGGCACGCGCUGUGGGCCGGUGACCGGAAAAGCUCCGUUAAUAUAAUUCAGGGAUUAAAAUGUUGGUGACAACUGUGGUGAGUUCAAUUUUCGAUAGUCGAGUGACACACGGAACGGAUGACUCUGUCGCGGAGAAACGGAUUUUCGCUCGACUACAGAAAUUUGAACUCGCUAAAAUUGCGCUAGUACUAAUGCCUGAUGUAACUGGGAUUCGCAGUGGUUGUAAAAUUGGACACACAUGUAUAACAUAUAUACAUAGAAACGCAGCAGACAGACACACAUACAUACAUACACGCACACAUAAGACACAGGCAGGGUUCCUACGAUAUAUUCCACCUGUUGUGAUAAGUAUCUAAACGAAUAAUUUUAUUAAACAGAACGGUAGAACUAUGAAAUAUCGCCUCUCUCACAUUAUAUAUCACCUAUCUAUAGACGCGUCAAUUAAGGAGGAGGUUCGCCGUACCGUGUUUUAUACUGAUAUUUGUGAUCCGGGAUCUUAAAUUAUUGUAUAGCCAAUCGAUUCGUAAUCGCUAAAUAAUGAUCGUUGAAUCAUACAAUGCACGUCGUUCGAAGUUGGAGUUUUCUCUAGUCAAGAUCUAUAUUGAGCUGAUGUACACUGGCGAGAUCGUUGAUCUCGUUUACGAGAUAAUAGGCGAACGUUCCUAGAUUCGAUGACAUUCCGCGAGAUCGACGAACGGUCGAAUAAAAAUACGAAUACGUUUGAAUUGCGCUUUUUUUCUACCGUGGCGCCCAUAAAGAGAUAGCAGCGGGAACAAUGGAACGCGUACCGGCGCGGUGUGGCGCGGCCGGCGUUCACAUAAAAAUCCGAGGUCCGCGCGGGAUUAAAAUUAAUUGUUGUGCGGCUUCACAAGAGGCCCCAGUAACUAAACAAAUUGACACAGAGAUAAAACGCAGCGUUCGUCGCUUUCGAAAUAAAAUCAACGGGCAAUUCUUUGAUGGAACCGCCAUUCGCACGGAUCGAGUAGCGCGUCAUUUAAUCAAAUCUACACUGAUUCACAUUUACUUCGCCGUCUGUGCUGUCUCGUAUGCAAAGAUGGAAUCGAGAAAAAAAACUUAUUAAGUGGAAAGAUCGUUGAUUCAAGUUUUAUUAUAUUUUACAAAUUUCUAGAUUUCUUACGGAUAAACGUCAAAAAGUAUAAUAUUAAAAAUUCUCCCAAAAUUGCAAGUUAAAAAUAUUUUCUAAAUCGUCCCUACGAAAUCCUAAAAUUUAAAAACAAAGAUACACGUUCGUGAUCUAAACUCUUUUCCAUAAAAGCGCAAUCGUUAAUUCAUAACCGAUUUGCGAAAAGCUUAUUCUUGAAUAAACCAGCGAAUUGUAAG